AAGUUUUUUUGUUUAAUUUGCACUUCGUUGGAGUCACAAACAUUAUUGGAGUCAUACUUUUAGAGGGAACUCAUAAUAUACAAUAUCAACGUCAAAGCAUCAUGUCAUUGGCAUCAAAGUGGAAUUUACUUCGUUUGUGUUUUAUCUUCCUGAUUUUUGUGGUAGCUUAUGGCCCUCUGUAUUUAAAGCUAGAAUUUACUCGUGAUUCAAGAACAUCUCUACAUGAAGUUUUUUCUCGAGCGUUCCGGGGAGAAGAAAACACAAACUGUUCACUUGAUUUCUCCAAUCAAUGGUUACGGAUACACAAAUCUCGCACAGACUGGCAGAGUAUUUUACAACCAUGCAAGGACCAGUUAAAAUGGGGCACACACAAAUCUGGUUGGGGUGCAUUUAAUCGAAGCUCUGGAAAAAAAAGUUCAGUUGGUUAUAUGGACAUUCGACCUUCUGGACAGUUUUCACGAAUUUUUAUAGAAAGUCGAAAUGCAAAUGGAGUCCUAAAGACAAUUGGAGGUGACAAUUGGAUAGUGCAUUUUAUUGGACCGUCUAACGUCGCAGCAACAGUUUUUGAUCACGAAAAUGGCACUUACGAAGCAGUUGCACUUCUUAUGGAAGCUGGAACUUAUACUGUUGAGGCUUAUCUUGAAUACAGUCUUUGUGAUGGGCUGCGGGAACCACCAAGCAACUGGUUUAUAUUAGGAAACGGUGAAGGCCGAGAUCAACCCAGUGGUAUAAUUGGGGACGUAAGUCAACAUAUUCAUGAACGUCUUAAAGCUGCAGAUAAUAUUGAGUUCAAAGUACACUUGAAAAAGUGUGCAUCAAAACAAACAGGCAGUCUAAUAAAUGAAACAAAAUGCAAAAAGACUUGUCAAUGUCUUAAUGAGAAUUUUGGACGAUGGAAAAACAAAACGUGGCAACCAUUUUACUCAGAUGAAUGGAAUAUCAAUUUGGAAGUUUCUAAAACACGACCAAAAAAAGUCAGCAAAGGAUACCUGUUUAUAUAUGGAGAUUCUGUUUCUAUGCGAUUUUGGCGUUCUAUUAAACGAAAAGAUAUGUGUAGGUUUUCAUUCAAAGCUUGCAAAUUUUUUUACCAAUGGAUAUAUCCUAUUGAAAACACUGAGUUUUUAAAAAUGGAUGAUUACGACUUUCGUCCCAAGAUUGUCAUAUAUUACAUAAAAAAGGCUCUAGGAAGUGAACUAAUAAAAGGAAAGGAAAACGUGUUUAUGUUAAACUUUGGACUUCAUUACGUACGAAGUGUUAAUUUUACGACAUUUAAAAAGCUUGUUGAUGAUGUAAUAGUUGUGUUGCAGAACCGUACAAAAGAGUUCAAAACCAAUGUAACAUUUGUUUGGAAGACUACAACAGCAAUCCGUCAAGGACGUGGACACAACACUGCCUGGAGGUUUUACACACAACAGAGAUUAACGCUGUUCGACGCGUACGCCAUGUCAGAAAUGUGUAAAGCUGGUUUCUACGUAGCUGACGUGUUUCCACUAAGUGCAUCAUAUUUACCUGGACCAUUUGAUUCUUCUCAUUACAAUAACAGUGUGUUUGAGUCGUUGGGAAGAGAUUUAGAGCUUUUUUUGAUUGCUGGUUUGGAUUAUCGACCAAGAAGGGUGUGCAUUGAAUAAGACUUGCUCACAAGUACAGACAAUCAAACGUAUUUUUCUUACAUUUAUACAUGUUCUAUCUUACAACUUAAACUAGUGCUUAUUAAAAUGUAUCAAUUGAUACCGUGCAAGUGCACAUAUCUUUUUGAUUAAUACAAAAUAACCAGUGCAAAAA